AUGGAUCGCCCCAGCUACCUGGAAGAGGACUAUUCUAGCCUGGAUGGGCUGGACGAUGACGUGUUUCACUCUGAUGACUUUGGACUUGCAGGCAGUGCUGGUUACCGUUUACAUGUUCCUCCAGCUGGCUUUGCGUUGGAUCCGCACCUGCAGGAGGAGCCUGGGGAAGGCCAUCGGGAGGCGCGUGCCGAGGUGCAGCUGGCACGGAAGCUGCAAUGCAUUGCUGACCAGUUCCACCGGCUCCACAUGCAGAGGCAUCAGCAGAACAGAAAUCAAGUGUGGUGGCAGCUUUUUCCCUUCCUACACAACCUGGCCUUGCAGACAGAGGCGAACAGGAACGGCCCCGGGCAGAGGUGA